AUGGAGCUUGCGUCCAUGUCCGCCGCCAUCUUCUUCACAUUCCUUCUCCUCUUCCUCCCGUACGGCCCGAUCAGCGCAGCUGUUUCGGCCGCUUCCGGCGGGUUGGACGAUGACCGCGAUGCGCUUCUAUCCUUCAAGUCCGGCGUGUCUAGUGAUCCCAAUGGAGUCCUCGCUAGCUGGGGCGCGCCACAUGACGACGUGUGCAACUGGACCGGCGUCGCCUGCGACGCGGUGACGGGGCGUGUCGUGAACCUGACACUAAGCAAGCAAAGGCUCUCCGGCGAGGUCUCUCCUGCGCUCGCCAACCUCUCCCACCUCAGCGUGCUCAACCUCUCCGGAAACCUCCUCACGGGGCGCGUCCCGCCGGAGCUGGGCAGCUUCUCUCGCCUCACCGUGCUAGCCAUGUCGAUGAAUGCGUUCACCGGGAGACUCCCUCCCGAGCUCGGCAACCUCUCCCGCCUCAACUCGCUCGACUUCUCCGGGAACAACCUGGAGGGCCCGAUUCCGGUGGAGGUCACGCGCAUUCGCAGCAUGGUGUACUUCAACCUCGGCGAGAACAACUUCUCCGGCAACAUCCCGGAGGCCAUCUUCUGCAACUUCUCCACCACCACCCUGCAGUACCUCGACCUCUCCUCCAACUCGCUCGACGGCGAGAUCCCCUUCCGGGGAGACUGCUCGCUCCCUGAGCUCACGUUCCUGGUCCUGUGGUCCAACUACCUCGUCGGCGGCAUCCCGCCGUCGAUAUCCAACUCGACGAAGCUCAGGUGGCUGCUGCUGGAGAACAACUUCCUCGCCGGCGAGCUGCCGUCCAACAUGUUCGGCGGAAUGCCGCGCUUGGAGCUUGUGUACUUCACGUACAACUCUCUGGAGAGUCCGCGGAACAACACCGACCUGGAGCCUUUCUUCGCGUCGCUGACGAACUGCACCGACCUCAAGGAGCUCGGCAUCGCCAGGACCGAGAUCGCCGGCACGAUCCCGCCGGUCGUCGGCCGCCUCUCCCCGGGCCUCCAACAGCUCCACCUGGAGUAUAACAACAUCUUCGGCCCGAUCCCGGCGAGCCUCAGCGACCUCGCCAACCUCACCACGCUGAACCUGUCGCACAACCUCCUUAACGGCUCGAUUCCACCGGGCCUCGCCGCCAUGCAGCGGCUCGAGCGGCUGUACCUCUCCAACAACAUGCUCUCCGGCGAGAUCCCGCCGUCGCUCGGCACGGUCCCUCGGCUAGGGCUCGUCGACCUCUCGCACAAUCGGCUCACCGGCGCCGUCCCGGACGCGCUCUCCAACCUCACGCAGCUCCGCGAGCUCGUGCUGAGUCACAACCGUCUCUCCGGCGCCAUACCUCCGAGCCUUGCGCGAUGCGUGGACCUGCAGAAUUUCGAUCUCUCGCACAACGCGCUGCAGGGCGAGAUCCCGGCGGACUUGUCCGCGCUCGGCGGCUUGCUCUACCUGAACCUCUCGGGCAACCAACUGGAAGGGCCGAUUCCUGCUGCCAUUAGCAAGAUGGUGAUGCUGCAGGUGCUCAACCUGUCGUCCAACAGGUUGUCCGGCACCAUACCGACACAGCUCGGAAGCUGCGUCGCGCUGGAGUACUUCAAUGUCUCCGGCAACACGCUGGAGGGCGGCCUCCCGGACACCAUCGGCGCCCUGCCGUUCGUGCAGGUUCUUGACGUGUCGUACAACCGUCUGACGGGUGCGCUGCCGCUGACGCUAGCGACGGCGGCGUCGUUGCGACAUGUCAACUUCUCCUUCAACGGCUUCUCCGGCGAGGUGCCCGGAACGGGGGCCUUCGCGAGCUUCCCGGCCAACGCGUUCCUCGGCGAUGCUGGCCUUUGCGGGUCCGUGGCCGGUCUGGCUCGGUGCGGCGGCGGCGGCGGCUCGAAGCACCGACCAGCGCUUCGUGACCGGCGCGUGGUGUUGCCCGUGGUGAUCACGGUCGUCGCGUUCACGGUUGCCAUCAUCGGUGUCGUCGCGUGCCGCACGGCGGUGAGAGCAGGCUUGCGGCGAGACUCGCGCCGCUCGAUGCUGCUGACCGACGCCGACGAGCCGACGGAGCGAGACCACCCGAGGGUGUCGCACCGGGAGCUCUCCGAGGCGACGCGCGGGUUCGAGCAGGCGAGCCUCAUCGGCGCGGGGCGGUUCGGGCGCGUCUACGAGGGGACGCUCCGCGACGGCACGCGCGUCGCUGUCAAGGUGCUGGACCCGAAGAGCGGCGGCGAGGUGAGCAGGAGCUUCAAGCGGGAGUGCCAGGUGCUGCGGCGGACGCGCCACCGGAACCUGGUGCGCGUGGUCACCGCGUGCAGCCAGCCGGACUUCCACGCCCUCGUGCUCCCGCUGAUGCCCAACGGCAGCCUGGAGAGCCGCCUGUACCCCACCGACGGCGGGCCGGGCCGCGGCCUCGACCUCGCGCAGCUCGUCUCCAUUGCCAGCGACGUCGCGGAGGGGCUCGCCUACCUGCACCACUACGCGCCGGUCCGCGUCGUGCACUGCGACCUGAAGCCGAGCAACGUCCUCCUCGACGACGACAUGACGGCCGUGGUAGCGGACUUCGGCAUCGCCCGGCUGGUCAUGGACGUCGGCGACAGCGACGACCUCGGCAGCACCGCCGGCUCAGCUGAUCCGUGCAACUCCAUCACCGGAUUGUUGCAAGGUUCAGUCGGCUACAUCGCCCCAGAGUACGGAAUGGGAGGGCACCCGUCGACGCAGGGCGACGUAUACAGCUUCGGCGUGAUGCUUCUCGAGCUCAUCACGGGGAAGAGGCCGACGGACGUGAUCUUCCAGGAGGGGCUCACGCUGCACGACUGGGUGAGGCGGCACUACCCGCACGACGUCGGCAAGAUCGUGGCGGAGUCGUGGCUGACGGACGCGGCGUCGGCGGUGGCCGACGAGAGGCUCUGGAACGACGUCAUGGUCGAGCUCAUCGACCUCGGGAUCGUGUGCACGCAGCUCUCGCCGUCGGGCAGGCUGACCAUGGCGGAGGUGUGCCAUGAGAUUGCUCUCCUCAAGGAAGACCUCGCCAGGCACCAGGGCGCGGCGGCCGCCACGACGGGGAGGGUGAUGACGGCAUCGUCGACAAUGACGGCUAGCGAGCGGUCCUACUCUACCACGGAUUCGUCUUUCUGA